AUGACCAUGGAGAAGGGGAUGAGUUCUGGAGAAGGGCUGCCUUCCAGAUCAUCUCAGGUUUCAACUGUUAAAAUAACAGCCAAAGAGUUGGAAACAAAGCAGCCCCAUAAAGAGAAGCGAGGAGGGUUUGUGUUGGUACAUGCAGGUGCAGGUUAUCAUUCGGAAUCCAAAGCCAAGGAAUAUAAACAUGUAUGCAAACGAGCUUGUCAGAAGGCAAUCGAAAAGCUACAGUCUGGUGCUCUUGCAACAGAUGCAGUGACUGCAGCUCUGGUGGAACUUGAGGAUUCUCCUUUUACAAAUGCAGGAAUGGGAUCUAAUCUAAAUCUCCUGGGUGAAAUUGAAUGUGAUGCCAGCAUAAUGGAUGGAAAAUCCUUAAAUUUUGGAGCUGUUGGAGCCCUGAGCGGAAUCAAGAACCCAGUCUCAGUUGCGAACAGACUCUUGUGUGAAGGGCAGAAGGGCAAGCUCUCUGCUGGCCGGAUUCCUCCCUGCUUUUUAGUUGGAGAAGGAGCCUACAGAUGGGCAGUAGAUCAUGGAAUACCUUCUUGCCCUCCUAACAUCAUGACCACAAGAUUCAGUUUAGCUGCAUUUAAAAGAAACAAGAGGAAACUAGAGCUGGCAGAAAGGGUGGAAACAGAUUUCAUUCAACUAAAGAAGAAAAGACAAUCAAAUGAAAAGGAGAAUGACUCAGGCACUUUGGACACAGUGGGCGCUGUGGUUGUGGAUCACGAAGGGAAUGUUGCUGCUGCUGUCUCCAGUGGAGGCUUGGCUUUGAAACAUCCGGGGAGAGUUGGACAGGCUGCUCUUUAUGGAUGUGGCUGCUGGGCUGAAAAUACUGGAGCUCAUAAUCCCUACUCCACAGCUGUGAGUACCUCAGGAUGUGGGGAGCAUCUUGUACGCACCAUACUGGCUAGAGAAUGUUCACAUGCUUUACAGGCUGAGGAUGCUCAUCAAGCUCUGCUGGAGACUAUGCAAAACAAGUUUAUCAGUUCACCUUUCCUGGCCAGUGAAGAUGGUGUGCUUGGAGGAGUGAUUGUUCUUCGAUCUUGCAGAUGUUCUGCAGAGCCUGACUCCUCCCAAAAUAAGCAGACACUUCUGGUGGAGUUCCUGUGGAGCCACACGACGGAGAGCAUGUGCGUUGGCUACAUGUCAGCCCAGGACGGGAAAGCCAAGACUCACAUUUCCAGACUCCCUCCCGGUGCGGUGGCAGGACAGUCCGUGGCCAUCGAAGGUGGGGUGUGCCGCUUGCAGAGCCCAGUGAACUGA